CGCGUAUUCUUCAGUCUGUUGUCGGCCGGCUGGCGUGCCUCUUUGUCACGAUAUGUGCCAUUGUGCUUACACUUGUUUUUGGAUUACGCACGACGUCUCUAACACAAAACCAGCUACAACAUCCGACAGAUCCAUAUUUUUCAUUGAGAGUUGAACAUCGUGAAAUUUAGGAUGUGGUGCCGUUUUCGACGCUAAUCAUCUCAAUUUGAGGCUGGAUGGUUUGGACUGGAUGAGAAGAAAAAUAUCAAGGAUUUUUCUGUAAAUCUAUCCUUAGGAUUUCUAUUUAUGGAGGAUUCACAUUAGUUUUCAACCAUGUAUAUGAAUAAUAGCCUGAUGGUUGGAACGGUGGACGCAGGAGGGGCGACGCCUCGCACCCCUGAGAUCCUCAACUCUCUCAUGUCGAUGACAAACCCUUUCGAAAUACUCAAAAACGGCCCCAGGAUGGCAUCGUCGCCCCAGUCGGACAGCAACUCGUCGUCCAGCUCGCCGCCGAGCGUGCAGCAUACAUGUUCGCAGCUGAUCAAAGAAGGUCUGAAGCAUACGAUACAGUCGAAAAGACGGAACCACAGCGAGCCCGGCCUCCAAGAAAAGGCCAAGGAAGAGGAAUCGACCAACACGGACAUUCCCAUCGGAGAAACUUCCUGCGAUGGGUUGACCCCGGAGGACGAGGAAAGGCGGAGGAGAAGAAGAGAAAGGAAUAAAAUCGCUGCGACAAAAUGCCGUCUCAAGAAGAGGGAAAAAACUGUGAAUUUAGUUCAGGAAUCAGAAUUGCUGGAAACCCAGAACCUUGAUCUGAAAACUCAAAUACAGAAGUUGGAGAACCAACGGCGCAAGCUUGUCGACAUGCUGUCCAUCCAUGGACCAACCUGUACAAAGAGUUCAUUUGAAUCGAACCUGUCAUUCCAAGAGCACUACCCGAGGUGCGACAGAUAUGUUUACUCAGAGCCACAUUCAUAUAGAAAAUCUUUGCAUAGCUGUGAGUCCGUGUCCUACACCAGGAAUUCGACAAUGGAGUCAAACUACCAACGUAACACUGAAGACACAAGGUACUGCCGAUCCAGUACGAGCACUUACAGUGGCUACGAUGAUGGUAUCGUUAAUGAUACAUCUGCUCUCAUGAACUACUGCAGGGUCUCUGAGGAGGGCCCUGAAGGUUUCAUGCAUUCUGACACCACCGUCUACACAAACCUGAACGUUCGUAGCUCUCCAAAUUUCGUGAACAGCCGUGACAGCCCGACCAGGAUAUGUACCAGGCCGACCAGCAUCAGUCUGAACACAUCGGGCUCAGAGUAUGAGAGCAAUACAGAACUCGUAGACAGUCCUAGUUUCCCACCAAGCAACUACCAUCCAUACGAGGAGGAUAGCAGAAGCUAUUCAGAUGGAUAUUCAAGAGGAAGUUGUAUCUCUUAAAUGGACACUAAAACAUUAUUAAACAGCAAAUGACCACCUUCAUUUACCACUGUUGUAUUUAAAAAAAAAAAAAAUCGCAAACUCAUAUCCUCUCAUUUAAAUGUCUGUGGUGCUCAGUGAAAUGCAAAUUGAUUCAGCAUUCUAAUCGGAAACUGGUGGUUCAUUUUUCUCUCAUGAUGAAAUAAAUGAUAAUCUUUGGUUAUUGCUGUGAUAGAAAGUUGUUACAUGACUAAUUUGUAAAUAAGUUUUAAAAAAAUCUUACUUAUUGAAAUGCCAAUUGGUAAAAAUUCACACCUUUGGUUUUUCUAUUUGUAUAAAGCUUUCAUUCCAUUGUUUAUUAUAUUUUCUUUCUGUUGAUAAGUAGAAAAAAAUAUAUACCAUUUAGUUUAGCAUCAGAUUUGUGUAGUCGUUACACAUACAAGACAACUUAACAUAAGUAUUAUUAAAUUUGGCUUUAAGUAUAACUUAUUUCAAUUUUCUAACUAAUGAUACUAUAAAUCUCCAAACGAUCAUAUUUAAAAAUCCACGUUACCAAAUCGGAAUUUGAUUUUCUGAAAACGAGUGAUAAAAAUUUCAUGUGCCAUGUUUUAAAGCAAAUGAAUUUCUGCUGCCAAAGAUGCUUUAAUGUUAGAUUAAGAUUAAUAAAAGAAAUAAUUAAAAAUAAAAUAAAACUAUGAGCUUGAAAAGCAUCAACUGUAUAUAAUUCUAAAGUAUACGCUCAAUUAAAAGAAGCAGCACCACCUAGAAACAUAUUAUUACUUAUAUUGAACACUGUAAUGUAUUAAUCAUGCUUGUUCAAAAAGACUUAAAAUGUAUUUUUAUAUUUUAAAAUGUU